ACGUGUUGCUAAGUAUAGCCGCGAGGGAAAUACGCGUAGUUGAGUCGACACGGUUGGCGGGACGAAAGUCCUGGCUUCCCACAGGAGGGAGAUCUCCGCGCACGGGACGACUUUUCUAAAACUCGAGCUGUUUUCCCUCCAAAUCUUGCCACAAUUUUGGCGACUCACGUGCAGGACGGGGUAAGAUAGCCUGUGGUCGGUGCAGGGUUUCCCGUUUUCCCACAGGGGCGGGGAUUGACACGCUGCCGGCCCACACAGCUGCCAAUCAAACGGGGUCAGGAGAAGUCGUUGUGAGAAAGUUCCCACGGUUCGGCUCAUGAAUAUCGAAUUUUGCAGCAGUCCUUGUUAUCGGAGCGGGUCGGGUUUCCCCUCGUCCAAUGAGAGGCUGGAACCUUGUCGUCGCGCCCGAUAACCCCGUGCCUUGAUUGGAGGAGGCGUAUUUGGCGGGGAUAAGGUUUUCCCAUGGUUUUGUUAUGAUAAUGUUUGAACUUUUCCUGUGCUGCGGUUGAGGCGGAGUGCUGCAGUAGCCAGUGACGGACAGAACCCACCCAGACCAGGCAGCACAGGAGCCGCUCUAUCGCCUGCGGACGGACAUUUUCUGCAGCGCAGCGCUGACACAACCAGCGCGGAACUAUCCUCGUUGUACACCCGCAGGAAGGAACAGGGUUCUUCGCGGCUUCCAAGGGAACCUUCGGCGGGCGAGAUGAGUCAAACCGAAGUGGCCAUGAGGACCGAGACGGCCCACCAUCAGCAAGUUUUUCAGGAGGCCGUGAAGAAUGGGGACACCGGCUCCCUGCGCCGCCUGCUCGCGGAGAAGGCGGUCAACGUGAACGUGUUCGACCCCGAGGGGCAGACAGCGCUGCACCAGUCCGUUCUGGACGGCAACCUGGAGCUAGUCAAGCUGCUUGUAAAGUUUGGAGCGGACGUUAGACUCGCGAACCGGGACGGUUGGAGUGCGCUGCACAUAGCGGCGUACGGUGGCCAUAAAGACAUUGUUCUGUACCUGAUAAUGAGCGCUAGGGAAAGCAGUGGCAAGCGGUAGCAGGGACGGGGUUCGAACCCCGGAUCUUUUACCCGUGGACGUUAUGCUGCUGCAAUUUAGAUAGGAGUUCUAAGACUACAGAAAAUGAAACGUAUACUUUAUGUGCAGUGGAAAUACGGAGAAAAGACAAGGAGACGAAGGCAUGUGACGGUGGAAGUCGAAGAGUUCGCAGUAGGCACAAGAAAAUACAACAGGAAACUUUCGACUUCAGUUCUGCUCCCCACCACACCGGUUCACGAUGACUAACAAGCGUUCAUCGGCAGUCAAAAGUCGCAAUAAUGUCGGGAAUCGAACCUAGGACCUUCGUGCUACAUUUUUCUUCAGACCUCUGGACUCGGGUGGGUAGGAGGAGUGUUUGUUAUUUGGACGCAAUGCUGCAUUUUGAUUUGUUAGUAGUCGGACAGACGUGUUUUUCAGUUGGACCGAAUGAGUUGCUAGUCGAUGGCUACAGAAGUGUGAUUGCGACCGUCUUUCUACCUCCAAGCUGCAAUGUCCAUGUUUUAAUGAGAAAGUGGAACCAUGACUCGCGCCAACAGGGGCUGUGCCGCUCCAAUCUGUCGCCUUUUUUUGUAACCCUCAAACAAACCCUCGCCCCCCUCCCCAUACCUUUUGUAGGAGUCGAAAUUUGGAUUUUUUUAGUGAGAAGUAAAGAGCUCAUGAAAAAGGCGUAACGCCGGGGCAUACCGGAAGACGAUAUGGUAGAGUUGUCGGCAGUGCUGAACGCUACAUGGUACGAGAGUUUGUCUUUGCCCGUGUUGUGUAUCGGUGCCAGUAAACACUGUGGAAUGCAACACUCCGGUUUCUCACGCCAGCGCCGCUGGCUCUCAUCUCAGGAGGCCGGCGGGAAUCUCAAGAAAACAGAACAUCUCGCCAAACACGCUCUCCCCGGGACAACACAAGGACACUCCCCACAAGAACCACACGAACUACAGCAACACAGGAACUCCGGUAAGACUUGUUUCAAACGUUCAGAUAUCGCUGUGAAGUCGUCGGGAUUUUUUCUCUCGGCUUGUGCGGAAGAUGGCCACUGUUGGGAACAAAGCCACUCUCACAACGGUUUGCCCCCUAUUCAGGCAAGGGGCUUUCUGCACAGAUGGAAUAAGAAUGCCGUUGAUUUGAAUAUAGAACGCCUUUCAAAACCCAACAUCCCGUCGUUUCCGUGCACACAUGCUGGAAACGUGGAGGACUACAACAGUGGAAAGUGGAUUCCAGUCUGAAAAUAUCGCAGUCGGGGCAACAGGGGGAAGAUAUCACCUUAGUAGGAAUUCGUAGGAUUUUUGUCAGGUAUUUUAGUGCAACAACCAAUGCAUAAGAACAGAACACUUGUUGGAUACACGAAGUGGCCAGGAUGCGAAGUUUCACACAAAAAUGGACGACCCACAACCCCCGUUGGCGCGCGUUUAAACCCAGAACUGUAAGUGAUUUAGCAGAUAUACCUACAACUUUGUCUAUAUGUUCUCAUACCUUUAUACGUGCCACGCACGGCCAUUUUCCCCGGCCAAAGUCACCAAUUUUGUGUCAACAUUCCUUACGUUUGACAAAAAAAUGGUCUGAAAACAGCGGUUCGUGUAGAUGGAUAGAUAUGUUGACGCUAAAUUGUGGCCUUGUUUCCGUGGGAAAUGUUGAGCAUGUGAAAAUUAUUGUGGUCGGUUUACUCAGAGGAAGACUGGUGUUGAUUAUGAAGUUACUGCCAUGCCAUACGUGUGUGUUACCCCAGCCUGUUCCACAGGGGCUAUAUUGUUUCCCAUCUUGAUAUGUAAAUAGACUUGCCUUUCUAGAUGUUCUGUACUAUUAAUAUGAUCACCUUGGCUUUUGUUCAAGUACCGGACUGGUUUCCCUUUACCUUUUGUAGCCGCAUUCCGAAGGUUUGGUUUCAAAAUCUGACCAUAACUCAUAAUGACGUUUUGAAAGAAAAAUCGUGUACGGACUAGCACGGAACAAAGGGGACGAACUCCUGAAGUAUAUUUGUGUAGGGUAGUUUUUAAAGCCAGGUAAGGCGAAACCACUCCAGUUUUUGACAAAGCUGACACUCGGGAAACAACCCCCUCCCUGGAGGAUAUAGGCGGGCCACACAUGGCUGUUAUAACAUUACACAGAGAUGACUGAAAAAAUGUCAAUAAUUAUGGGGAAUAGGGUAUUUAAGAAAUAUUAUAACGCCUAUAUAAAUACAUAUCACCUAUAAUUUUGAACAAAGUAAUUUUAUAUGAAUAGAGAGAUCCACAGAUGAUGACGUCGAACCGACGAACGAGUAUGGCCAAAAGAAAUUAAAACCCGUUCCUCGUUAAGCUGAA